AUGCUCAGGAUUAGCAAUGAUGUUUCGGAACCGUAUAAAAAUAUUUUUGAUAGAUAUGUUUGUAGGCCUCGCCAUCUAGAACGCCUUAGUUUAGGAGAGUUUGUCAUUUGGUCUGACUUGGUGGCUUCGCAGUGGAAUGACAUCAAUGGUGAUGAACUAAAUAUUGAUGCAUAUGAAAUGGAACAAGAUAAUACAGAUAAUCGACAACCGUGGUGCCGGAAGUGGCAAAACGUUAAAGUUACUUGUCGAACAAAUAAGUCGAUAGCGCACGACAAUUACGAAAACGGUGUUAUUGCAACUGCGCCCACUAGUGUAGAAGCUAGACUUAUUGGGGAUAGCACUUUACAUGCGACUUUCGCUUUACGGAUAGAAAAGGGUAGAACGGAAGUUUUGCGAUCGAUGGCUGGAGAGAGACUUCAAAGAGAACAUCAAAAGUGGUGGCAUGUAAAAUGGGUGGUUAUUGACGAGAUGUCAAUGGUGCCAUAUUUAACUCUUCGAAAUGUUCACUUGCGACUGCAACAAUAUAAAGAAAGAGAACUGCCUCAAGCUGUAUUCCUUGAGUUUGAUGACUCUAGUAUAACUAGUAUCCGACCCGGCAUUGGUGUCCUUAUUGAGCCUUGUACUACUGAUUUUGAUACUUUACGUGGUAAAAGAAAGAUCGAGUGA